AUACUGAUAUAACAUGCUAAAAAUGAUAUUCAUCAGAUAGUAUUGUUUAUUUGUACACCCAAAGCACACAAAACUCACUACCAAACUAAUUGAAAAAUUGGCAGUCAGAAUGACAGGUCCCCAAUUCUGAGGUCAAAGGUCAACCGGAAAAUGGAGUUUUCUGCGGAAGCUUUAGAAGGUCUUCAUCUUUCGGGAGAUUCAGCACAUAUCCCCGACCAAUCCUACAUUAAUUUAUGUAAACGAGUUUGCGAAGGUGUGCUACAUAAGAAUGGAGUCAAACGAUUAGAAGGUGACAAACAGCUUUCAUCUCUAGACCAAGGUGUUGUUAAACAGACGUAUGCUGCUCUUGCUACUUUAGUCCUAGAAGCUGCAAAACACGAUGCUGACUCUAAUACGAUAAGCGCAGUUUUAGAAGAUUGUAAAUAUAAUACUGAAAGGAUUAAAGCUUUUAACAAUACAUACUUGCCACAGAAACCAUACCUCCAGUUGAUAUUAGGAAACACAGGAACCAAUCCACCACACAUAGUUGAUGUAGACUGGAGACUGGACUAUUAUAUAAAGAACAACCAUUUAGAAAAAGUGAACGAAGCUGUGUAUUUGAUAUCAUUAAAAACAGAGGAGUGUGGGUUUGAGGGAACAAAGAGCAUAGACUUUGCCUGUACUGUGGAACAGCUCCAGGAUAUGGUCGGCAAAUUAAAAGACGCUUGUAAAAGUUUAGAACGAAGCAGCCAAAUGUAACAAGACAAAACAAUUUCAAAGUAGAAUAUUAUUAAUGACUAAACCUUGGUCUAUUCUCUCUGCCAAUUCUUGCAAAAUAGCAGAAUAGUCUGACUAUAUACAAUGUGACUGUGGACACUCCCUUUGUGAUAUAUCUUCAUGUCUGGCUUGAAAGACUGAUGCUGUUAUAGAUUAUGGGCGGAAUUAAAUUACAAUUCAUCCUUCCACAUGAAUGGAAAAGAUAAUCCUUGUUUUUUAAUUCAUCAUUCAACGUGAAUGAUGAUCACCGUAAAAAUGACAUAAAAUUCCUCGGAACAUGAGUCGAGAGAAGCCAAUGUGUAGGCUUUGGAAUCAUCCCUUAUUUCUCAAUUAAGAUAUUUUCAAAUUAUACAUAUAUUACCAUAAAAGGCGUGAUGUGCGUAAAAUAUAUGAGGAACAGGAUGACAUAAGGUUCUGUGUGUAAUUCAGUUGCGUCAGGCCUGAUAAAUUUGGUUAAUGAAAUAAAAGCGAGCGGCUCCAGGGAGUCUGAAAGGUGUCAUUUCUUAUUGUUUUGCACUGUGCAAUAAAUAUUUAUCAUAUUCCUUAUGUACUCUCUAUUAAUACCCGAAGAGGGUCUUCUAACAGUAUAAUAAUGCCUCUAUGGCUUCAUCUAGACAUCGGAGUGACAUAUAUAUGUUUAUAUAAUACUCAUUAACAUACUUGAUAGAGGCAUUGUAUUUUACUGAAUUCAUCAAAAAAUUAACUCUCUUAUCUACAAUUAGAACAGAUGAAAUAUCCAGACGUUUUUUGUGAAAUUUUCAACUAAAAUUACAAAUAUUCUCAUGAUUAUUACUCACGUGGUCCUAACUUUGACCGUUUAUUUGAAUUUUUGACCUACCGGAUGUUUGAAAAUCAAGGAUUACGAGUCUCAUACUGCACCGUUUUUCUUCAAACUUGCUCCAUUCAAAGCAUAACACAAAUCCCUU